GAAUUUGACGGAAUCAUAAUAAUAAAGGAAAAUUUACCUUUCUUUUUCUAUUCAAAAGAUUGAAAAAAAAAGAGAUACUUUACCUUUGAUCAUCGGAAAUCCCCAAAAUUUCAAUUCUCGGGUUUUCGAUUUCUUCAACUAGGUUUUCUGUUAAAAGAGAAAGGCGAGCUUUUCUUCUAUAUUCUAAGAAAGGCUCGCCGGAAAAAAAAUUUAAACAAAUAUAGUAUCCAUGGAAUUUCUUAGAAUUUCUGCUUUUCAACCUAUCUUCGUGUUCCUGCUCAUCUCUGUCAUCUACUUCCCGGUCACCGUCCGUUCAGAUGAAAUCAUCCCGCUUCUGUUGCCUUCCGAACAAGUGAAUCAAGACAUUUGCCCUACGACGCCGUCUCCGUCGGAAUCCUGCCCUAUUAAUUGCUUCCGACCCGACCCGGUCUGCGGUGUUAACGGUGUGACGUACUGGUGUGGUUGCCCCGACGCACAUUGUGCUGGUGUGCGUGUUGUGAAAUCAGGGAUCUGUGAGGUGGGAAACGGAGGUUCUGCUCCGGUUACGGGUCAAGCGCUAUUGUUGAUUCACAUUGUUUGGCUUGUGUUACUUGGUUUCGUCGGGCUGUUUGGGCUGCUAUGAUCGAUCAGGUUUCGUUGAUUGCUUGAUUUAGGGUUAGACUUGAUAGGAUGAUUUUUUUUGUAUAACAUACCUGUAACUUCUGUAUGUAUGAGGGGAAUAUACGGCUAGAUGAUUUCAACUGUGUCCUUGUUUUUCUUUUGUUCGAUUAAUACAAUUUUAGGAGAUUUAGAUUUUUCUCA